AUGGCGAACCGCGACAAAGGACGCAGAAAGUGGGGAGGAUUUUCACAAGAAUCAAUGACUUCCAAAUUGGAGAAGGACAGGCUGGCAGGGAUACGUGGUGGUGGAAACAGAGCAUCUCAGGCUUUAUACAGGCCAGGAAGUGGCCCUUUACGUAAAUCUGGUAGAUCUGGCGGUGCCGACGAAUACGAUAAUGAGAAUGGUUCUCAGGAAAAAUCUAGAGUGAGCUCCGUCCAGUAUCGUUCAAGACAGUCACAACCUCAUAGAACCAAUCAAGCACAGGAUAGUCCACCUCUGUCACAAAUUGACAAUGUAACUGAAAAAUUGGACAAUACCCAUAUUAACUAUAGAAAUAGCAGCAAUAGUGAAUCACAGAGCAUUGGUAACAACUCUGGUGGAGGGGCAGGUAGAAAUGAUCCAAAAAAGAAAAAUAGGAAACCUGAACAACUGCUGUAUGUACCAAAAAAAGUGAAAGAAGCUUUGGCUGAACAGGAUGGCACCAAUAGAUCCCCCAGCCAUGUUGUAUGGGAAUGUGAGAGAGAAGAGAGCAAUGAUCGCGAUUCGCAUUCCAAUCGUAAUAACAAAAGCGAUCGUAAUCGCGUGGGCAGUCAUGGUACACGGGACAAUGAGAGUGAAGGCAAGAGUAGAGACGACACCAGUAAACGAUAUUCGGGCAACCGUCGACAUCGUCAUGUCAACGAGAACGAGGAGCGUUGGCGAUCUGAGCAUUGGCGUUCCGAAUCACCAAUGUCCAAAAACUGUGCAAAUCGAAAGGAUAAUAUACGUGAAGUCAGACAGGGCUCGGAACCUUUAUCUGUGACCAAUCAGAAUGAUUUUAAUCGUACGCGAGACACUCGCAGUGUAGAGCCGGUCGGGCAUUCGGAAAAGUUUCAAGGCAAACCACCUUCAGGCCGCCGUAAUGUGAAAGAUGGUUUGUCGAAGAAUAUCAAAUUAGAACUCCUGCCGCCGCGAUUGCAAAAGAAAUAUCUCAUUGAUAACGGAUAUGCAUUACCCAGCAGCAAUCCAGGAACGUCCAUAGAGAACUCUUGGAAUGGUAGCAGUAUUACGUUUCAGGGUGUGAGCAGUUAUAAUUAUCCACCAGCGGUGCAGCAUUCACAAACAAUGCAAAAUCUGCCACCAUCUGGAUCGUUGCCACCGCAAUCUAGUUGGAUUAAUACCGUACCGACGAGAAGCAGAGGUAGAGGUAGACUUAGACCCGAGGAAUUGGACGGUACAGCCAGCAGCCUUUUCAGACCUGUUACACCUGAACAAUACUCAGCUCCGAGUUCUAGAUCCCAUACUCCUAGCCAGGAAUAUACGCGGUCUUACGAUCGCCGCGGUAGCAAUAGCACUAUGUACACCAGUAUGGAAAGCUUGAGUCGUGCUGAUAGCGUAAUGAUGCCUCCGCCUUCAUCUGCAUCGCCAGCGACUUCGCAAUCAAAUUCAAAUAGAGGUCACAGAUCACCUGAGAAUCAUCGUAGAGGCGCAGUGUCACCAACAGCAGAUAAUCGUAACACCAGCAACACGCAAAGAACAAUCGCUAGUAACGCCUAUGAACAUGCUUCAAGCCUGGACAAACAAAAUAAUCCACAAAACAAGAAUCUUAACUCCAUGAAAAGCGAGUCAUGUAACAAAUCAUCUUACACCACAACUGAAACAUUUGAUUGGAGCGAAGAAGUUGAAUUGAAUGAAAAAUUAGAACAGGAACAUUUGAGCCGUAGUUCGUCUGUAUUAAGCAUACGGGAAAGCACAAGUGUGCUGCGAGGUCAGGCUAUGGGCGAGAGUUUUAGGCGACGUAAAAAAAAAAAACGGACACCUCGAGAUGCUGACCGUGGUAGUAGUAAAGACAAAGGCCGAGGUACCAGCCGCGAACGUCAGAAGAAUCAACAGAAUAGAGAGAAUGAUAAUUACAACAAUAAUCAAAAGAAUAAUAACAAUAACAGUAGCAGUAGACGGUACGAUCACAGGAGGCGUAAUAUCAUUCAGCGUAGCCGAGAGUCGAGUAAAGAUAGAAAUUAUGGUGGCAGUUAUAGAAACUUUGAUGAUUUUCACAGAUCUCGCAGGACUGAUAGGUACUUAGAUGAGGAUUGGAGAACAGGUAGAAAAAUAUCGACUUGCGAGUCAGAUGACGGGAGACAAACUCCUAAAGUUUCCUCUCACACUGCUCCACUUUCGAGUGGGGUGAAUUCAAGCGUGAUUUUGAGCGUGAAUUCAAACUCAACAGUACACCGAUCGUCUCCGACGGGAUAUAGUAACGCUCAACCGGGCGUCUUGAUCUUGCCUAACGAGACUAGUCAGUCGUCACUUAAUCAGACAGCUACAACCUCUCAGCAAGGAACUGGACAGCAACAGCAAAGAACGUUGUUUGAUCCGAAUAAUCCACAUAAACCUAUUGUUAUCACUUCACCUGGAAGUAGAGCAGCUGCGCAGAGGGAUAGUGACAUGCAAAUCUCAAACGUUCCAGUAUUUCAAUCUAAUGUAGGUAUUACAUCGCCGCAUUACUCUUUCCAUAGCGCCCCAUUAGACGGUAUGCCACCACCGUACAUGAACGACCAAAUUGGAAAUGCGCGACCUCCGUGGUACGAGCCAUUUUCAGCUAGUUUUCAUUCAGCGAAAAAUCACUGCCUUCUAUUGGACAUAGAACGUGCCGAUCUGGAACUACAAUGGAUAAUAAGUUCCGGUAGCUUUACCUCUCGUUUGGAUAGAGUCUCAUAUAUACGACACUUUCUUCAACAGAGCUUAAAGAUCUUGCUUGAGACUGAUAUCAAAUUCUGCCAGGCAGAGAACGUUGAGCAACAUUUUUGGAAGAUAUUGUUUUAUAAUCUGAUUGAGAUGUUGCGAAAAGCGAUGCCCAAAGAGAACUCUGAAGGGCGAGAACGUUAUAAGCAGAUAAUGUUAAAUAUCAUUGAUGAGGGUACCACUUACUUAGAAAGCUUAUUAUCUACUCUCGAGACUACGUAUCAGUUUAAAUUAGAUGCAUUUCUUGGGUCGUCGAGUCUACCUAAGGGUCUUGGACUCUUGGGAUUGGCCUUAGUUAGUGCCCAAAAGAUAUUUUUAUUCUUGGGAGACUUGGCGAGAUACAAAGAACAAGCAAAUGAAACGAGCAAUUAUGGAAAAUCUAGGCAGUGGUACUUGAAAGCGCAGCAAAUUAACCCUAAAAAUGGCAGACCUUAUAAUCAACUUGCUCUACUGGCACAUUAUGCGAGACGAAAGUUAGAUGCUGUGUAUUAUUACAUGCGAUCUCUUAUGGCAUCCAAUCCUUUCCAUUCUGCCAGAGAAAGUUUAAUAGGGCUCUUCGACGAAAACAGAAAGAAGUAUCUACAUUAUUACGAGUCUAUCGAACGUAAACGGAAGGAGGAAAGAGAAUCGAAAGAGCGGGCGAGGAUGAAGGAGAAGGAAGGUGCGAACAUCAUCGGCGGCGGACUGAGGAGAGAAACGUGGAUUCAUCCAGGUGACGGUAGGCGGGUGCGACGUACGACGAGCACGGCCAACGAAGCGAGAUUGUCCCACGCAAGCGACUUGGAAGAGUUAUCGCAAUUAACGAGUGUUGAGGUAAACAAGCGGUUCGUCACUUCGUACCUUCAUGUUCAUGGAAAGCUCAUCACCAAGAUAGGAAUGGAGACUUUUCAAGAAGCUGGUGUGCAAAUGCUGAAGGAAUUCAGAGCGUUGUUGCAGCAUUCGCCACUACCGCUUCCUGGUACUCGUUUACUUCAGCUUUUAGCGCUUAACAUGUUCGCGAUUGAGACCACGCAGCUAAAGGAUUCUCAGAUGGAGCAAGGAUAUAGAUCGGAGGUUCAAGAACGAGCACUCGUCGUAUCAUUGCAGAUGUUUAGCUUGAUCUUGGAGCGCGGUGUAUUCCUGCUGAAAGCUCAGCUAGAUAGCGGGCAGGAACCGAGGCUGGUGGUCGGCGAGGAUCUCCAAGUGCUUCUACCAGCCAUUAAGAUCUGGUGCGACUGGAUGCUCUGCCACAGUGCCGUUUGGAAUCCUCCGCCGUCUUGCACGGAUUACAGAGUCGGACCGCCGGGAGACGCGUGGAGCAGACUAGCGACGAUGGUGAACCUUUUGGAGAAAUUAAAUUACAACAGGACGACUCUGAUUCAAGGCAAGGAUACGGAGGAUCGCGAGGAAGACUUGGAGCUCGUAAAACUACCGGAGGAUAUCACGUUGGCUGGAUUCACCCCUCUCAUGCUGAAUCCUCAGGAUCCUUGCUACGUGGAAAAAACGGAAGAUAUGGAAGUGGCUCAGAUGUGCCUCAGGAUAAGCAAGAUUCUCUUCUUCGGUCAAGUGUUCUUGUGCGGUUUGGAGACACCGGUGCUGAAAUUGCAGAAAAGCGAGACCGGCGUCAGCGAAUAUGUUUCCGUGGUCGAGGCUUCGAGCACAAGCUCGCCGAGUUCGCCGCCGACACAGAGCGACUCGGAAUUCUUGGUAGAAAGUUACAGCGAGGGGGAAGAGGAGUCGAUUCCUACGUUGAGAAGAUUACCCUCGUGCGGCAACGUGCCCGACGAUACGACGGCUCCCGUGGCUGCUGUCGAGAUAAGGUCGUUGAUCGAGAGGAAGGAGGAACUGAAGAGGCGGCAGCGGAAACAAGAUCGGCAUCGACAGCGGGUACAGGCAAUCUUACAAAACUCCUCGGUAUCGGUAGAAAUCGAGGUGAGACCGAGACAGCUUGUGCCAGACACUAACUGCUUCAUCGACUACCUACAGCAAUUGCAGACCAUCGUGAGAGCCACUUCCGGCGCGCAGCCAAUCUACACUCUCAUGGUGCCACUCGUCGUACUAAAUGAACUCGAAGGUCUAGCUCGAGGCGCCGAUGCGAGAGAUUGUCCUCCAGCAUCGAGAGCGGCUCUAAAUCCUGAGCAUGUGGCGCGGGUUGCCGAGAACGCCAAGGCGGCACUGGCCUUCGCGAGAAGCCGAAAUCCGGCGAUCCGAUGCCUAACUACGAGGGGCACCGUUCUUUCAUCUAGUACUUUCACGUUGGAGGAAGACGUCGACAAGGAUGGAUUGACACGAAACGACGACAGGAUAUUGACUACGUGCCUCAGUCUCUGCAGAAGCCUCAAGGAACACGCAAACGCAGAGGAGGGUCAGCCGAGGCGUUUGAGACGGGAGGUGGUUCUGCUCACGGAGGACCGGAACCUCAGGGUGAAGGCUCUCGCCAGGGACGUGCCGGUGAGGGAAGUUCCCGAUUUCAUGGAAUGGGCUGGACUCGGCUGAGACGGAAUGACGUGAUCGCGACGAAGCUCCGAUUUUCACUUGACGAGAAAUCUCCCGUGUUCCUGAUCGCGCGAGCCCGAUCAAACGUCAAAAGUAAGACUCCUCCGAAGAACGCAACGCGAAGAAGAGCAAGGUUGCUCUCAUCGAGAACACCGACGGAUCUUCGUCGCGGAUCUUUCCCGUAGCCGUUGAUCGACCGUCGACUGAUGUGCGCCACACGAUCGCCGAAGUCCGCUGUCCGCGGGUUGGGUAUUCAGAUUUGUCUCCCGAUGGUGCUCUUCUUUUAUUUUUUUUUUCUAAAUUCUUUAAAAGUCCAAUUAUACGGAGAAACCGCGAAGCGCGGCGACCAGGAGCAAGUUCUGCGGAAGAAAAAGCAAGGCGCGCGCAGUCGCGUAAAAUUGCGAAUGAAGUACGGUACGGAGUGACGGGGAAAGAAACGAGCCCGGAGCCUGUCACUUGCCGUCUCGCUUGUCGGAAACGCGAGCUAUUCGAAGGCUCCACGAGAAUGAGCGUGACACUCUACCUACCUUGUAAUCCCUAACUGUUCCGUGUAUCUCGAACGUACAGAGAUAAAAAUCCCGAAGAGAGCCUUUUCACACGGGGACCGUGUAACGGGGCGGUCCGAAAGACACGUUGAAUCCAGGACGUUCACAGUCGUGGCGUACCCCCCUCCCUCCCCCCCCCAUACACACACACAUACUACGUACACCGAAGUAAAAUCAAGAGACAAAGGGACAAAGAAAAAGCGAAGAGGAACGGUAAAAAAUGUAGAGCUCUUGAACUAUCUUCAAGUGCUGUCACUGUUUGUAGAUCGGUUUUUUUUUUUGUAUCAGUAACGGCUGCCUAUUGCGACUGUGAACGAUCAUUUUGUAUAAUGUUGUUUUUUACCAAUAUUAAUUUUAUUCCGUUCGUAUAAGGUGUUACUAAAAUUUUUAUAAUCGUAUGUGUGGUCUGAGAUGGCGACGACGCGCUCGCUAGCGAAACGUGUCUUCUUAUCGUUCUCUUAUGAGUCCCCACCGUGACAUUUUCCACGAGGUGAUUCUCUUCACGUUUUCGUAACGCUGAAGUCAUUAACACCAUUACCUUUUAAGCUGCCGUAAUGCGAAUUAUUAAUAACGACGAUUCGUUUCCAACGAACGACUACGCGUCGUCGGGGAUGUCGACGAGAUCGAAAUGACAAUCGAACGUGAUCGUUGAUCGUGUGAUCCGGUCGUUGCUGAUUGGCGAGUGCCCUCGGGAAACGUUAGGUACGAUCGAAAAUUGCUCAUUUUUGAAAAUUAAUCUACAUAACGACUAAAUACAUGCGCGAAAAUUAUAUUUGAUUUUUAUUAUACAUAUCAAUACUUCAACAAGAUAUUGAUUGUUGAUAUUAUAACUUCAAACAAGAUUUUGAGUGUUUUCCCGCAGAGAAUAUAUUUUGCGCGUUAAUCCUCGAUGAUUUUUGAGAUUCUUUUUUCGAUCGUCUUCAAGCGAACGUACGCCAGUGCAUAUUCUCUUCUCUUGUGAGUAAUUGAGUACUGACAUCUAUAUCGUUUAGCUUAAGACAUUACAACGUAAGAAAAAUCAAACAAAAUUUUAUUUUAUCAGGUGCGAUUAUGCAAUCGUAUGGUGUUACUUAUACAAUAUCAAAGUUCACAUAUAGCUUUUACUUGAUACGCGGAGAAUAACUUGGUACGAUCGCUGUUACAAAAACAUUCCGUGGAACAUCGUGGAAUCACGUUGACGAGAUUUUCGAUUGACGUCGAUGUCAUUUUGCCCGACUUAGUCGUUACCGAGGCGCAACUUCAAUAUUGCCGAUUGUGAAUGCGCGAAGGAGGAGAUUCGCAAAAUAAUCUCUCUCGAAUAGAACAGAGAUACCGAGGCCGCUUCAUUCUCACGACGUAUUCUCGAAAGCGCGAACGCGACUUGCGCGCCGACGUUGGCGAAUUCUUUGCGUUUUUUUUUUAACUAUUACUCGAUUUUACCAGAGAUACGUAUACGAAUUUAGCUUUUUGGGAGAAGUUGACUUUUUCGAAAGUGGUCGAGACAUGCGCGCGACCAGCAAGGAACUGCGGGACCGAUGAUGCGUACACAAUGUCCUAUUUUUUGACAGAGAUAAGAUAGUUACUUAAUGCUCCUUAGUGUAUUAAAGAGUGUAUGUAUGCGUGCGAGAGAGAAAGAGAGGGGGGAAGGGAGCUCGAGAGAAAAAAAAAGAGGGAGAGAAUGACAAUUAGAUUAACGGAGGAAGACAGUCAGCGGAAAGGGAAAAAAACGCUUCGACGAACUAAAGACCGUAUCUACGAUAAGUCUCGAUGCUGUCCGAAGUCUCCUCGGAAUUUCUGCGAAUUCCUGCGAAUUAAAUCGAAUCGGUAAGUAGAAGAAGUGCCCACCCACUGCACCGCCCGGGCAGAAUCCUUUCGUUACACCGUGAUGUUCCGCUUGACAGGCCACGUCGUUCGGGCAGAAGAAAGUCCCGUCGAGUAUAAGGGUGUCUGUUCAGCGGUAUUUUAAGGGCGCGUAAGAAGUAUAUUAAAAUAUCUCUGUCGACCUGUCGUGGGAAAGUAUCUUCUUUCUACUGGAAAAAAAAAAAAGAAAUGUUCGUGUCAAGAAUUCUAUCAUUACUUACGAAUUUAAUUGUAUUUCUGCGAGAUCGCACGAAUAUUUCGCGAGUAGGAUCUUGGAAACUUGCUUUUUGCGAAACGCGUUGAGGUCUUAUUUAAGUAUACGUACUUCUUAAUGUCGUCGUAAGAAGACGGUGAAGUAGCAUUCGUCAACGAUACUUCACAAGAUCCAAGAUCGGCACCAUUGAGAGGAUAGAGAAAGAGAAAACGGAGGAAAAGAGAGAGAAAUGCGAGUUCGCGCCUCGCGAAGUUGUUCAUAUCUCUUGUCCUUCGACGUGUCCGAUGUUUGCCUUGACGUCUUAUUCUUUUCCCCCCCUGUCGCCCUUCUUACUCCCCACCCCUCCCCCUCCACGUCGCCGUUUUUAGCUCAAUUUUUUAUUCGAACCUUCACGGCGAGAGAAAGUACGUAUUGAUAGAGUUUGACGAAGCCCACUCGAAGCACCGACGAUGUACACUGUCAUUGUGUUUCACUAAUUUCUAAGUAUAGCCUUUCGUAGCCUUUUUAAUGCGCGCGCUCGGUCGUCACAAGCGAUCGAUUAUUAUUAAUAGCAGACGUUUGAGAUGUAGAAGGAAUGGGCGAGUGAAAUCGAUCGCGCGAGUGUAUCUUACAGUCGCGAAUACAUUAUGGGAAUUAUCGCGGAACACUUAUUUCCUUAAAUCGACAAUCAUACGAGAGACAUAUUUUUAACACGACUAAGAUCAAAAUGUGAGAACGGUAUCUUGAAGUGCUCCGAGUAAGUAUAAUUGCAUUAAGUAUAAUUUUUUUAGACCAUCAAAAUAAUCAUGUAAGAUGCUUAAACAUAAUUAUAAUACCGCUAAAAAUUUUGUUAUUCUAACAACCAGUUUGAAUUCCACAUAAUUAGCUUAUAGAUAAUCCAACAAAAAAAUUAUUCUUAGAUCUGUAUGUUCAGCUAAGCUAAACUUUUAAGUUCUUUAGCAAAUCUGUUGUUUUUAGUUUAUAAGUUUUUAUAUUGAAUAAACUUCAAUUUCGUUUUUUUUUACGUAUGUUUUACAUAAUAAUAAAAAUUAAUAUUAGUGGCAUUAAUUAUUAUUGCUGAAAAUAAUGAAAGAGUGAAAAAGAUAUUUAAUAAUAAAAUUUUUUUUAAUUAUUAUUUUACUGAAAACGCAAUUUGCGUAUGAUUGAUUGUCGGUCCUCGAGGCAAGUGUUCAGCGAUAAUUCAAUUACUUAGCUUAGUACGGGAUAACAAUCAGGGUAUAGCUUGCAAUUGUACUCCGGGCAUAUCACACAGUAUAUUUACAAUAUCAUCGCAAUAGUUCUCUUCUGCAAUAGUCAUAGUGGUGCAAUAGACACUCUAUCCAUGAAUAAGCCAUCUUGAUAAGACUAUCCGUCCCCGAGUAUCAUAAUCCAUUUUCAUUGUUUCGAUGUAAUAUAACUUCACUUCACUCACUCCGGUCUUUCAACUUUGAAAUUGCAUACGUCGAUCCCGCGAGUAGUUACCAGCUGCUCCGAUCGGCUUACUCACGAUUGAGUUCACGUUAACCCGUGCUUAAUAGAAAGAAAGAAAGAAAGAAAGAAAGAGAGAGAGAGAGAGAGAGAGAGAGAGAGAGAGAUUGAGUGAAACGCCUGAGAAAUAUAGGUAGACGUUUGACGUAAGAUAGACGUCGUAAUUUUUAGAAUUGAUUUAUCUCGGAUGUGGACUAGCAAAAUCCCGCGCUUUCAACGCUCUCCGCUUCCGAGAUAACUCUCGCACCAUAAGUGUACCUAUAUCCAUAUUGUAUAUAGGUAUAUAUAAUUAUAUAUAAUUAAACACAUUUAUAUAUAAUUAUACAUAUAUAAAUACACCCACCCCGUCACCGAUUUUAUGCUAGUUUCUCGCAAUAUCUCUAAUCUAUGUACACGUGUAUUAUUAUGUGACGAAGCAAAAGAACGCGAUGUAUUUGCACUUGUUUUCUGAGAAGAGAUUUUACUGACAAUGCGAUAUGAUGUCGUUGACGACGAGACGGUGAUGAUGAUGAUAAUGACAAUGACAAAACUGCGAGGAUGACGCUACGAAAGCUGAAAUUUUAGGCUAAUCGUUUAUUACAUAUUAUGAGAAAUGUCGCUACUAAUAGUGUUACCAUUUUGAAUAUUCAAUAAAAAGUUGAGACUAGCGUUAUUACAU